UCCCCCCGCCCCACAGGCCUGUUCCAGAAAGCCAUUAUCCAGAGCGGGACCGCCCUGUCCAGCUGGGCCGUCAACUACCAGCCGGCCAAGUACACGCGCAUCCUGGCGGACAAGGUGGGCUGCAACAUGCUGGACACGACGGACCUGGUGGAGUGCCUCCGGGGCAAGAGCCACCGGGAGCUGAUCCAGCAGACCAUCACGCCCGCCACCUACCACAUCUCCUUCGGGCCCGUCAUCGACGGCGACGUCAUCCCGGACGACCCCCAGAUCCUCAUGGAGCAGGGCGAGUUCCUCAACUACGACAUCAUGCUGGGCGUCAACCAGGGCGAGGGCCUCAAGUUCGUGGACGGCAUCGUGGACAACGAGGACGGGGUCACGCCCAACGACUUCGACUUCUCCGUGUCCAACUUCGUGGACAACCUCUACGGCUACCCCGAAGGCAAGGACACGCUACGGGAGACCAUCAAAUUCAUGUACACGGACUGGGCGGACAAGGAGAACCCCGAGACCAGGCGUAAGACGCUGGUGGCCCUGUUCACCGACCACCAGUGGGUGGCCCCCGCCGUGGCCACGGCCGACCUGCACGCCCAGUACGGGUCCCCCACCUACUUCUACGCCUUCUACCACCACUGCCAGAGCGAGAUGAAGCCGGGCUGGGCGGACGCGGCCCACGGGGACGAGGUCCCCUACGUCUUCGGGAUCCCCAUGAUCGGCCCCACGGAGCUCUUCAGCUGCAACUUCUCCAAGAAUGACGUAAUGCUGAGCGCCGUGGUCAUGACCUACUGGACCAACUUCGCCAAGACCGGGGACCCCAACCAGCCGGUGCCUCAAGACACCAAGUUCAUCCACACCAAACCCAACCGCUUCGAGGAGGUGGCCUGGUCCAAGUACAACCCCAAGGACCAGCUCUACCUGCACAUCGGCCUGAAGCCCCGCGUCCGGGACCACUACCGGGCCACGAAGGUGGCCUUCUGGCUCGAGCUGGUCCCCCACCUGCACAACCUGAACGAGAUCUUCCAGUACGUCUCCACCACCACCAAGGUGCCCCCGCCCGACAUGACCUCCUUCCCCUACGGCACCCGGCGGUCCCCGGCCAAGAUCUGGCCCACCACCAAGCGCCCGGCCAUCACGCCCGCCAACAGCCCCAAGCACGCCAAGGACCCGCAGAAGCCGGGGCCCGAGGACACCACCGUCCUCAUCGAGACCAAGCGCGACUACUCGACGGAACUCAGCGUCACCAUCGCCGUGGGCGCCUCCCUGCUCUUCCUCAACAUCCUGGCCUUCGCCGCCCUCUACUACAAGAAGGACAAACACCGCCACGAGACCCACCGGCGCCCCAGCCCCCAGCGCAGCGCCACCAACGACAUCGCCCACAUCCGCAACGAAGAGAUGAUGUCGCUGCAGAUGAAGCAGCUCGAACACGAACACGAGUGUGAGUCGUUGCAGGCCCACGACACGCUGCGGCUGACGUGCCCGCCCGACUACACCCUCACCUUGCGGCGCUCGCCCGACGACAUCCCGCUCAUGACCCCAAACACCAUCACCAUGAUCCCCAACACGCUGACGGGCAUGCAGCCGCUGCACACCUUCAACACCUUCAGCGGAGGCCAGAACAGUAGCAACCUGCCCCACGGGCACUCGACCACCCGGGUAUAGCUUGGCGGCCGCCGCCCACGUCCCCACGCCCCCCGGAGAGCGCGAGAGACUCGAGACGCCUCAUCGCCACCCCAGGAAUGUCCUCCAUCUCACGCACAUAGAACAAAAAAAUAACAGAACAAAAUAUGUAAAACUAGACACACACACACACACACACGCACGCACGCGUGUGCGCACAGUAGGGCCGCCCUUCGCCGGGCGCCUGUGGGCCCGUCCGCGGACCGCGACUCCCCCUACGUCGAGAUCAACUUCUGACCCUAUGAAAUGUGAAGACUAGGCACGGCCUUCGAGGCCAUGACGCGUUCAUACCCCUUCCCCACCAACCGCCGCCCACCUUGCGUGGGGACAAGACGGACGUCCGCCCGUCCGUACUAACCAUACGACCGGACGCUUCUGGCACUUAGCCAGGGACAGAUCAUGUGUUUGUUUGUUUGUUUUUUUUUAAAAAAUGAUCAUUUCAAAAAGGUAAUAAUAAUGAAUAAUAACGAUAAAAGUUCUUUACGUGCCAACAGAUGGCUGUAGGUAAGGGGAUAGAGAGUCGGCGGGCUGCUGCCCGUCCCAUGGAAGUGUCCCUCUCGCGGGACAGCAACGCCGAGUUUUAUCCUUAAAAUAAAAAAAAAAAGAACUGACUACGCAGCCAGGCACGUCGGUUUCUGGGCAAAGAGAGAGAGACGUUCCGAACUCUAUUUAAGAAACUUUGUAAAAUUUAAGGAGGACUUGUACAUAGCUGUGAGCUUCCACACGCACAUACACGCACACAGAACACACGCACACAGAACACACGCACACACACACACAAAGCUUCUAUCGGUGUUUUCCGUUGGAAAGAGCUCUUAGCCAGAUUGUCCUCUUCCCCGCCAUCGUGGUCUCUGUGUAUAUAACUAUAAAUCUAUAUAAAUAUA